GAAGGGAGGGCAAACUCCUCCGGACUCUAAAUAAGACCCAAUGGCCGGUGCAAGGUGGCCAGGAGCUCUGAGACGCGCCCGGAGACGGUGGGCGAAGGAGGGAAGGGAGAAAGGAAAUCUCAGGGGGCGACAUUUCUCUGGAUGAGAGGCCAAGAGGAUGAGAGUGCCACGGAGGCGUCCAUAGGAAAUACAGGGAGCCGCGGAGGGUUUUUUUUAGUUUUUUUUUAUUGCGCGUCUCGUCUCGUGGAAGGAUUCGCGCUCUAAUGACACCUGAUUUGGAAUGGACCCAGAUUCGACCUUCAUUCGCAUGCUGCUGCACACCUGGACCCGGGGAACCACUGUAGGCACGGCGACGAGUCACUGACUCCUGGGAGCCCCAGCCCUCCCCAAUGAAGCAGUCCCUGUGGGCCCGUCUGGCACAGCUCGGCCUGCUCGCUGCGUGGACCUGCGUGUGGCUGGUCCAGGGAUGCGGACCGGGCCCCGGCUACGGCAUCCGCUCCAGGACCAGGAGACUCACGGCCAUGCGCUACAAGCAGUUUUUCCCCAACUUCUCAGAAAACAACCUCGGGGCGAGCGGGAGAGCCGAGGGCAAGAUCGCGCGCAACUCCGAGCGCUUCAACGAACUGGUGUGCAACUACAACACCGACGUUGUCUUCAAGGACGAGGAGAACACCAACGCGGACCGCUUCAUGACCAAGCGCUGUAAGGACUGUUUGAACAGGUUGGCGAUUGCAGUGAUGAACCAGUGGCCGGGGGUCCACCUGCGUGUGACGGAGGCCUGGGACGAGGACGGCCACCACCCCCCCGGCUCUCUACACUACGAAGGCCGGGCCGUGGAUAUAACCACCGACGACAGAGAAACGGAGAAGUAUGGCCUCCUGGCCCAGCUGGCUGUGGAGGCCGGCUUCGACUGGGUCCACUACGAGUCCAAAUAUCACAUCCACUGCUCGGUGAAAGCUGAUCACUCUGUUGCAGUGGAAAAGGGAGGCUGUUUCCCAGGCUGGGCCCGGGUGACGGUUGCCGGAGGGGUGCAGAAGAGCCUGUCGUCCCUGGCCCCCGGGGACCGAGUCAUGGCCCUGUCUGGGACAGGCCAAGUCGUGUUGAGCCAAGUACUCUUGUUCCUGCACCGGGACCGCGAAAGCUGGUCUACUUUUCUUUCUCUGGAGACAGAAGAUGGCCGUCGACUGGCCCUCACGCCACAUCACUUGGUCUUUUUAUCCUCGCAUUGCAGACUCGACAGCAGCGAGUAUGAGGCUCAGUUCGCCGGCAGGGCCAAAGCCGGGGAUUGUGUCCUCAUCCAUACGGCGGAGGCUCAAGUACGUCCAUCUCGAAUCGUCUCAGUCUCCGAGGAGGAGAGCGUGGGAGUCUACGCUCCCUUGACAGAAGCUGGAUCCGUGUUCGUUGAAGGAGUGCUGGCAUCCUGCUACGCUCUGAUGGACGACCACAGACUCGCACACUGGGCAUUCGGACCCGUGCGACUCCUCUCCUCAUUUGACCACCUACUUUGGGAGGAGACAAGACACGAGCCGCUGACGACGGACAGCGAAUGGGCUCGCCUCGAGAGUCGCCGCGGCACUUUGGCCGCUAAGGACACAGCAGGUGUUUGUGCGAAUAACAGCACUCUGAACAAGCAAGGGCAUCCGAGCGAAGCUCCGAGGACGGGAACGAGAGGGACGCAGACAUCCGAGGUGCACUGGUAUGCAGAAUUACUGUACAGUUUGGGAUGGGCGUUUUUAGACUCCAACUCAUUUUACCCUUAAAAGCCUGAAACAAUUCACACUAUGUCACUGCGUUACAAUAUUUACCCUAACACUUUCUUUUCUGUAAUAAAUUAAAAACACUGGAAUGGCUUGCUUUCCUUUUUUCCCUAUUGUCUGAAUAAUAAUGAUACGGGAUAUUUGAUAAGAGAUUUAGUUGGAUGAGACAAUUCAUCUGUGCUGGUUAAUGUAAAUGAAGAAUAUGAUACAGUCCAAAAGGACUGUAUCAUAUUCUAUUUGUACAUCAAGUUACUUCUUUUAAUUUCAGUCAUUACAUAUAUAUAUAUGUAUAAAUAUUAUUUUAAUGGGAUAUUAAUUCAUUUUCCCAAAAUACAAUCUUUAUUUUUGUACUCUUUGAAUCAUAAUAUAUAAAUGCUUCAUUGUUUUAUAAUAAUGUAUGAUCUAACAUGUUGUAGAACCAAUAAAAAUGUAAUUAUAAUAAGCAACACAGGAGAAAAUUGAGUCAGCGAAGCUGGUUUUUCUUUUGCUUGUUGAGCAGGACUGAGUGUGAAACAGCUGAGUCAUGUGCAGAAAGAUUCUUUCUGGGGUCGUAGUCGGGUGUCAUGUAUGUCACAGUGUUCAAGAGCUCUGUGGAGAUUUAUUCCAGAAGGCUGGUUAAUGAACAGCCCGGAUGUACUUAAUAUUCCUCACACUUUGCCACCACUGGGUCAACGUUACAGACUUUAUCACAUAGCUACUUCAAGGGAGAUAUCAAGUACCUUACAAUCUUAGAGGAUAACGUUGUGUUAGUAACUG